ACGUGGAUCCACUUCACUCACUUCCCUGCUUCCAAUCACAUGUUCCCACUAAGGAUCCAGAGAGAGAACGGGAGCUAGAAUAAGCGCUAGCCAAGCGGAUUUUUUUUUACACUUAACAGUACAGUCGGUCCAGUUCCUGAUCCCCACCUGGUGUCAUGUCAGUUCCUAAGGCAGUCCUGGUGCUCCUGUGUUUGAUCAUGGCGGUAACUCGGGCUCGCCGGAGUUCAACAGAGCAGGAGGAUGUUGAGGAGAAUAUGAACAGCGCCAGAUGCACCUCCAGGUGUCUCACCUUGCAUAUGACUCAAAUCACUGCUGCUUUCAGGAACUUCCAGAGUGACCAAGUUUUGGUUUGGUGUGAGAACAACAGACGCUGCGCUCAGUGCCUUCAGCCAUGCAAAGAACUUUGGGAAACCAAGAGGAUGCUUUCUCCAAAGUCCUGUGAGAAGCAGACGGAGUGUGUGACCAGUAGAGACUUUUUGUCAUCUUUGAGGUCAUCCCGACAGGGUGACUGCCCUCCGCCUCAUCGUGCGACCGGAUUUGCCGCAGCCUGCGUGGAGAGCUGUUCGCUAGACCGACAUUGUCCUUCCCCCAGGAAGUGCUGCUUCAAUGGCUGUGGACACACGUGUCAAACACCCGCCAAUCUAUAUAAAGGUGUUCCUCUGAAGCCCCGCAGAGACAUGAGCUUUGUGGAGGAUUCAGUGGGCCGGGUGAAAGUGGUGUGGGUGUCCAAGUUCAAUGUCAGCGUGGAGCCAGUUGUUUACAUGCUGCAGUCACGCUGGAACACGGGUAUUCACCCCAGUGAAGAUCAUGCUUCCCCGUGGACAACUGUUGCCAUGACCCUUUCCGAGGAUGCCCUUCUGUCCGAUUUGAGACCUCAGCGUUGGUACCAGUUCAGAGUGGCAGCGAUAAACAGCCAAGGCAGCAGAGGCUUCACAACACCGGGCAGACACUACAUUUCCAGUAAAGACCCGUCACCUCCAGAACCUCCGGUAAAUAUCCAAGUGAGCAACCAGACUCUGGUUUGGAUGGCUUCACAAGCGGGGUCCCGCCUCACAGAAAGGUCAGGAGGAAGUGGGAUCACUGUGGCCGUCUUGAUACGCUGGGACCCCCCUCGGGAGGGAGACCUACCAAUCCACAACUACAGAGUCACCUGGACGUCUCGACAUACCACAUACAAACCAACAAAUACACAUACUUUUACACAACCACGUGCACACCAGCAGAGUAAAAAGGGAAUAAACAGCAAAGUGACCGAGGGGGCUCAGUGUGAACUGUCGCUACAUGGUCUUCUUCCUGCCACUUCCUACUUCCUGUCUGUUCAGUCGGUGGCCUACUGGGGUCAGAAGAGAUUGAAGAGCCCAAGAGCCCACAUUGUCUUUACUACAGUGUCUUAUGAAGAUUCCACCAAAGAAGACUUCUCCAAUGAGCUCCCUUUCAGAUCUUCCUCAUCAUCCCCAUCACUGCCCUUGCCUCCUUCUCUCUCAUCUUCUUCCCCAUCUUCUCCUGACCUCCCCCUUUUAUCUCCUCCCGCUCAUGCCGAAUCCCCUCUCGACCCGAUCGUUCCCAGUGAACUUCGAUUGGAGGUUGCCGCCCCCCAUUACCAUAGCGGUCAGCUGCAGGUGAAGGUGUUCUGGAAGAGGUCUAACCAUGCCAGACAUCGUCACCCCGGCGCAUACAUUUUGCGGUGGCGUCCACAUACCUGCGGUGCUAAUGUUACAGGCACCGAGGGCACAGCGAGUGUGCAGGGUACCCAUUACACCAUCAGGGGCCUACUGUUUGCCUGUAAGUACUGGAUAGCUGUGGCAAUGAAGACUGAUCCUGGAUCAGAGGCUGUUGCCUGGGUUACAACACCAACUUGCUCCUCCAUUCAGGUCAAAGGAGGCAAGGUUUUACCUUGCAACACUGAAGAGCGCCCCCCACCAGGCAGAAAGGUGGUACUGCGUCCUGAGCGGCUAACAGCAGAUUUUCAUCAAGUCAAUGGUACGCUGCUGGCUGUGUUUCGCUGGAGGGUAUCCCAGCAUGCACUGGACAUGGCAGACGUUGAGGGGUUCCAGUUCACUUGGACACUGCAGUCGGGUGUCACCUUGGGGGCAAAACGAGAGGACACGCUUAUCUCUCAGACACAGACUGUUGCACCGUCUCAACGGGCAGUGGUUGUUGGGGGUCUCCAGAGAGACAGUGUUUACCAGGUGCAGCUUCAGGUUCUAACAACAGGGGGCAGCAAAGGUGCUGCAGUCUCCAAGACGUUUAAUACUCCUGCGAAUGACACGGCACUGUGAGAUCCAUGUGCUACAGGACUCUGCUGCACCACUAUUUUCUUCUUUGCCAACAACAGCUUGUAUGUCAUUCAAAAUUCAAUUUGUUCUAAUUUCAAUGUAAAAUGUAGUAUCCUCCCUCCCUCGCCUUGAUUGUUGUCCAUCACAUUUCUAAGUAUACAUCAAUGUUUUUAAUGGAUCACGCUACACAGCGUUUUUCAAAAAUAAUCUAAAAAGUAAAGUCUGUAAGAACAAUAUAUAACACACUUCUCCCAAGUGCAAUGUUUGCUGGACUGAAGACGUAUGCACUCAACUUCACUGGAACCAAAUGACACCCUUAUGGAGGUGUUGGCACCAAUUUUGUAUGAUAUUAUGUAGAAAAUGAUUUAGCACUGACCUUAUGUACAAAUAGAAAUGUAUAGCAAUAGAUUGUGUUUAUUUCAGAGGGACUGCAGCAUUAUCUUGUGUGUAGUUCUUUUUGCUGAAGAAAACAAAUCAAAUAUAGUAUAUUUUAAAUAUUUCUGUUUUGUUUUUGUUUUUUUUACCUUUGUACUCAAAUGUGUGUUUGAUACAUUGUCGGUCUGUUCACUAAUCAUGACUUUUCCACAGUUUUAACUGUGCUUGUGGAAGAAAGAGGAUUUAAAUGUUUAAGAAUGUUUAUGUUAAAUUACCCUUCAUGUUGCCCUUUUUUCUGUUUUUUUUUUUCAUUUACUUUAAUUCUGUGCAUAUUUUAUUAUAUGCAUCAAUUGUUGUAUUUAUUUU